CUGCACGUUGCCGCCUUCCACUGUGCGGUGCACUACUUUUUUGUGCCUCUCUCGCCGCCGCUGCUGCAAAUUGGGUUUUCUGACAGAUUCGGACAGACCCUACUGUACCGACUGUUCUGCUGGGCGUGCCGGGCCGGCACUCCUAUCUAGUAGAGUCUUGUUCGCCUGAGCUCGAUAUAAAGCUGCACAGAUCCUCCUGUUCUCCCAGCUUCUUCUCUUCUUGUCCUCCAGCCCGUGGAUUGUUGUUCUACCUGCUCUUUUCUUUUUCUUCCUCCGUCUCCCUCUGUCUCCGUAUCCACAGAUAGAUUGCUCUGCCUAACCCGGUCAGCAACCCUGAGUUCAUCCGCUGCACCACCCACCGCUUGCUACUAGGUUUGUAUAGUCAACACAGUCACAUACACACGUAUACAGACACAUACCACCACGUACAUACACACAUUCCACGAUGCCGUUCAAAUCCCUACCAGGCAUCCUUAGAAAGGAGAUCACAUGGGGCAGAAACAUCCUCACCGAGGAGGACCACCAGCACUUGGAGGUCACCGACAAGGACGGUAACAUUGUCGAAAUCGACGAAGAAGACAUCGCCCCAAGCGGCAAAAAGAACUACUGGCCCAUCUUCACCGCCGGUGCCGGUUUGUUUUCCGACGGUUAUGUGAACAACUCCAUCGGUACUGCCUCCACCUGUCUUUCCGUCAUCUAUGGCGACCAGUACACCCACUCCCACGCCUUGAGAAACGUGUCCGCCAUUGCCUUUGUCGGUACCGUGGUGGGCCAGUUGACUUUUGGUGUCUUCUCAGAUUACAUCUCCAGAAAAACCGGUAUGUUGGUCUCUUCCGGAGGUUUGAUCAUCUUCUCGAUCCUUGCCGCAGGUUGUUGGGGUGUCGGCACAGAAGCCAAAUACGGCGGUAACGCAGGUGGCCUCUUUGCAGCCUUGACAGCCUACAGAUUCUUCUUGGGAUACUUCAUUGGUGCUGAAUACCCAACUGGUUCAGCCGCAUGUGCUGAGGCUUCCGCCUUGUUACCAGCAGGUAAAAGAAACAGAUAUUUUGCAUGGUUCACCAACUUCAUGAUUGAUUUCGGUUUCGUUGUCUCCGCCUUUGUGCCAAUGGUUCUCUUGUGGAUCUGUGGCACCAAACACCUCCAGCCUGUCUGGAGAAUCACCUUGGGUAUUGGUGCAAUCCCACCAAUCUCCUUGUUUAUCCUCAGACUAUUUUUCAAGGAAGGUAAGCAGUUCCAGAAGUUGAACUUGAAGAACGCUACCAUCCCAUUCUUCUUGAUUAUCAAGUACUACUGGUUCAGACUACUGAUCGUCUCAAUCAUCUGGUGGAUCUACGACUUCUCAGCUUAUGCUUUUGGCAUCUACUCCACCCCUAUCUUGAAGCAAAUCAUCAAGGAUAAGGACAUGUACAAAACUUUUGGUUGGAACGUCGUGCUCAACCUCUUCUACUUGCCUGGCUCCUUCCUGGGUGCCAUCUCCACAGAUUAUAUUGGUCCAAGAUUAACCUUGGCUCUCGGUGUCUUUUUACAAGCUAUCAUCGGCUACAUCAUGGCCGGCCUCUACCCUAAGCUCGAAACCGAAAUCGGCGCCUUCGUCACCGUCUACGGUAUCUUCUUGACUCUGGGUGAAUUUGGUCCUGGUGACAACAUUGGUUUGUUGGCCGCAAAGACCUCUGCUACCCCGGUGAGAGGUGUCUACUAUGGUAUCGCUGCUGCUAUCGGUAAAAUCGGUGCGUUCGUCGGUACCUACGCCUUCCCAUCGUUCCAGAACCACUACCCAGGUGUCGAGGGCUACCAGGUACCAUUCUGGUUGGCCUCCUCCUUGGCCAUCGUUGCAGGUUUGUUAGCUCUUUUCGGUCUACCAGCCGUCGACCAGGAAGCCAUGCAAAGAGAAGAUUUUGAGUUCUUGUCUUAUUUGAGCCAGAACGGUUUUGACAUCUCUACUCUCGGUGACGGUACUUUGAUGUCCGGUGAAAAACACUCUUCUUCAGCUGCCAACUCCGUUGAAGAAGAAGUGGUUGAAAUCUUUGACGAUAUGAAAAAAAUCUGAUUUCUUCCUCCUACGACUUUUUCUCCUACCUUGUUCCCCCGUCACCACUUCCUGUUUUUAUCACCACUUUUAAUUCUAUAAAACCUAGUUGCUUCUAAUUUUUCUCCUAUUUUGCUUCUUUCCAGACUCUCUCUCAAUUCUGCUCAAUUCACUUCCUCUCUUUAUAAAGUCUUUAGCAGAAUCAAUCUUAAGCCCAACCCCGA